CAGCGUUUGUUCAUUCAUCGUUUUCGUGCCUGUCGUUCAUUUAUCACGAGUCCGGCAGGAAAAGUAGAAUCUGCCUCGCGUGUGGGUUCCAUUGGAUUGAAAAUACAGAUUGUUGGUAUACAUUCAAGAAUCCAGUAGCAAGCGAAAUCAGGAUUCGCCAAAAUGAUGUCCUUACCGGGAAGUAUCGCCUUUGAUGAGUACGGGAGACCGUUCAUCAUCCUGCGAGACCAGGAGAACCAAAAACGUCUGACUGGUAACGAAGCCAUCAAAAGUCACAUCUUGGCAGCAAAACAAAUUGCUUCUACAAUUCGUACAUCUCUUGGUCCGAAAGGCCUGGACAAGAUGAUGGUUAGCGGGGAUGGAGAAGUCACGGUGACCAACGAUGGGGCUACGAUUUUGAAGCUGAUGGAUGUCGAUCAUGAGAUCGGUAAGCUGAUGGUUCAACUGAGUCAGUCGCAGGAUGACGAAAUCGGGGACGGAACAACCGGAGUGGUGGUGUUGGCCGGAGCUUUACUCGAGCAGGCUGAAUCUCUGCUGGAUCGAGGAAUUCACCCGAUUCGUAUUGCUGAUGGAUUUGAACUUGCGGCGCAGUGUGCCAGUAAGCACUUGGAUUCGAUUGCAGAACCAUUCCCGAUUUCCCGGGACAAUAAGGAACCGUUGAUUGAGGUGGCAAUGACCACCCUGGGCAGCAAGAUCGUAAAUAAAUGCCACCGACAAAUGGCGGAAAUUGCUGUCGAUGCCGUUCUAACCGUGGCCGAUUUGGAAAAGAAGGAUGUUAAUUUUGAGCUAAUCAAGCUGGAGUGCAAGGUCGGUGGUCGCAUGGAGGACACCUGUCUGGUGAAGGGUGUAGUGGUCGACAAAACCAUGUCCCAUUCGCAAAUGCCCAAAACGCUGCGGGACGUGAAGCUGGCCAUUCUGACCUGCCCGUUCGAACCACCGAAGCCCAAAACUAAGCAUAAGUUGGAUGUGACUUCGGCUGAUGAUUAUCGGAAAUUGCGUGAAUACGAACAGGAAAAGUUUUUGCAAAUGGUCAAACAAGUGAAGGAUGCUGGAGCCACUUUGGCCAUCUGUCAGUGGGGAUUUGACGAUGAGGCAAAUCAUUUGCUGCUGCAGCAAGAACUGCCGGCAGUUCGCUGGGUCGGUGGCCCUGAGAUUGAGCUGAUUGCAAUUGCCACCGGAGGAAGAAUCGUUCCCCGGUUCGAGGAACUGACUGCCGAUAAGCUAGGUCAUGCCGGGUUGGUACGGGAAUUAAGUUUUGGAACAACCAAGGACAAAAUGCUGGUGAUUGAGGAGUGCAAGAAUACACGGGCCGUUACAAUCUUGAUCCGGGGUGGUAAUCAGAUGAUUACAGCCGAGGCAAAGCGAUCGAUUCACGAUGCCCUGUGUGUGGUUCGCUCCCUGAUUCAAGAUUCUCGCAUUGUCUAUGGAGGUGGUGCUGCUGAAAUAAGUUGCGCAUUGGCCGUGGCUCGGGAGGCUGAUCAGCUUUCUACGCUAGAACAAUAUGCUUUCCGUUCAUUCAGCGUAGCCCUGGAAUCCAUUCCAUUGGCACUGGCCGAAAACAGUGGUCUUCUUUCGAUCGAAACACUUUCCGAGCUGAAAUCUCGUCAGGUAGCGGAGAAUUCCGCCACGUUGGGAGUCGAUUGCAUGCUCACCGGUAAUUCCGACAUGAAGGAACAUCACGUGAUCGAGUCCCUGCACUCGAAGAAACAGCAAAUCAUUCUGGCCACUCAGCUGGUGAAAAUGAUCCUCAAGAUCGACGACGUUAGAACGCCGGCCGACAAGUAAUUUCUAUUGUUCUGUUCCACCCACACACUUAUUCACAUCAUAGACUUAAAGGCAAUGUUUUGUAUUCUGUAUUGUCGUGAUAAAAACUUGUCUAAUAACUUCCCCCAUCUUUCCGUUUUCGUGCACUCAAACUUCCACGAUGCUAUACCGACAUAGGAAUUACAUGUAAGGAUCAUUUAUCUUUGGUUGUUGUUCAGUUAUAAUUUGCUUCAUGCUUAGUGGCUUAACUCACUUCAUGUAUUUCAUGUCGUAACAACUAAAUUUAAUCAAACUGCAUGAGAGCAGGCUUGGACUCAAAAUAUUAAUACGGCACUACAGAAAUUAGUGCACGUUUUAAGUUAUCAACUGCUACCUAUAAAUCAUCGUAAUAAGAAGUUUAUACUCUCGUUUAUCUAUUCACCAAGUAAUUCAAUAAAUACUACGUUCGUUCACCAACACGUGAAAUUAA